AUAUUUCACGGGUGCUGCGUUAACGAUCUUCCGGUUGUCUGUCAGUCCAGAAUCUAUACUUUCGUGCCUCAUUUUUCAAAUUCCAUUCAAUCUCCGCGAAGGUCGAUUUUAACGUAAAAAAGCAGACUUAAAUUCUAUAGGCAGAACUUAUAAUACUCUUAUUUGAUAAUUACCACGCGUAUUACUGUACGCUCAGCAAUGCGCAACAGGUUUUAGGUCGUAAUUAAUUCCAUACAUUCAUAAUCCGCUCUUCAAUUUCACGUAAUUCCGAGAAGGUCAACUGCAGCGUUACGUAAGCAAAUGAAAUGAUUAAAAAUUUUGUCAAAGAAACGGGAACCACACAGGAAUCUUUUGCGAUCGCUAUAUUUAAUGUACACCGAGUGGCGCAAGAUGCAAAUCCUUGGGGAUUAUUGAAUAUAACUGUAAACGAUUAUAUGUCGUUGUUGGUUCCUUCUCUCGACGGAAAGUUUGCAACGCGGUAAACGAUGUUUAAAAGUUGACGAUAAGCCGCGCGGCGCGCGUAAGCAAAAACUUAUGACCUCUUGUCGAAUCCUCGUUCGUGGCUACGUGGAAGAACGACGCGACGCCUCGUCACCGCUUCUUGACAUUUCUCGGUGAGAUGCCAGUUAACGCGUAUAAUUACCAAUAUGUAUAACUAUCACAGGCAAAUAUCAAAUUAUUGUUCGCGCCGAAAGUGGAUUUUUCUGAUUACGUUAAUUUCGUGCGUCGUUUGCAUCGUGCUUCUCACGAGGCACCCGUCUAUCGAGAAUAACACAACAGUACGCGAUACGUACCUGGAUGAUGUACCCGCGGACCUCUAUCAAACAGUGCUGCAUACGUGGUACAACUUCUCCAACGGUGAAAAAUGGUACAACAAAAAGAAUAUAUCCGCCUUGAGCCCAGAAGCCUUUCACGAUUUAUUGACCGAUAUUCAACAAAAUUGGAUGAUAUGGAAUCAUGAUCCAGAUGAGCCAUAUGAGUUACAGGAACCAGAUGUGGAAGAUCCGUCAAUGGGACAAUCAACUGUGAUACGCGAAAUUUUCAACGACAAGAAAAAUGGAUUUUUCAUAGAGUGUGGCGCAUACGAUGGGGAAAUGCGCAGCAACACAUUGUUUCUGGAGCGAUUUAAUGGAUGGUCGGGCCUCCUGAUAGAAGCGGAUCCCAUCAAUUUCACGAAGAUGCUGCAAAAAAACAGAAAGGCCUAUCUCUCGCCGACGUGCCUCAGCGUCACUAAGAACCCCACGGUGGCAUCCUUUCUCAUGGCCAGGAACAUAGGUCGUUUGCACGAGCCCGAGAAUACGACGGAAAACGCGCCUGCGGAAAACACGCUCGAUGUAGCUUACACCGGCGAGCAUAUCCGCGUGCAGUGCCUUCCAUUGACACUUUAUAUCGCCGCGUUGGGAGUCGAAACGGUCGAUUAUUUCAGCCUCGACAUUGAAGGCAACGAGAUCGAUGUCUUAGAAACAAUACCGUUUAACGAGGUGGAUAUAAAGGCCCUCUCUGUGGAGUACAUACACAAUGCAAAAGGGCGAAAGUACCUGAUCGAUAUGAUGGACCAUCGAGGAUACUACGUUUACAGUUUCGUGGAGCAUCCGGACAAUUUGGCGAACGAUAUCAUUUUUGUAAAACGCAACACGUGACGACUGGAUGCGAAUAGAUCGAAUUAUGUACGGAGUUUCUAAGAUAAUAAUAAUUCUCUUAUAUAAUUAUCCUAAUAAUAUCUAACCUCUGGAUAUUAUUAAGAUAAUCUUAUCUUUGUAGAUUAUCUUAUUAGAUUAGAUUAUUUUAUCUUUUUGAGAGAUAAAAUACUAGUCAUAGUUGUAGCAAUGGAUUGUUUUUGUUGAAAUAAACAUCUGAAAUAGUUAAUGAAAACAAUCUUUGUAUUAUACAAGAUAUUUACAAAAUCAUAUUUUUAUAAUCAUACUCUUUUAAGAAAUCAAAGUGCCUAUUUGCGAUCUACGUUCCUAUAGAAGAUAUAAUAACAAAUUACACACAACGACAUCUCAUUAACUUAUAAUAAUUUAACAAUGCCUUAUUAAUUAUGAAUAAAUAAGAAUAAACGCAGUUGUACAAUCAGGAAUUUAUAAUUAUGCACGGCACGUUGUAUUUUUAUUUGGUAAAAAUUAAUCGCGAGAGUUUCGUUACAAUUCUCUCAAAAUUUUCUUCUCUCUCAAUUAACUGAUUAUUAUAUUAUCGAGAACAUAUUGCUCUCAAUUAUUCUAAUAGUACAUGAGCAGCUUACCUUAAGAGCAUUAUAUUUGGUAAAAAUACAAGAUGAUACCAACAUGAAUUAGUACAUAAUGCGUGCAUAUUAAUAUUUUUGAAAAUUGGUUCAGAUUGCCAUUGAAAUUAACAGUUUAUAUUAUGUAAUAACAUGUAAACAUUGUAAACUGCUUAGUUUAAUUAACUAUUACUAUUUUAAUAAAAUAUAUCUGAACGUUUCA